UAGUCAGAUCAGAGACUUUGCAUUGAAACUUAUUGGAAAAGGUUCACUAUAGACCAAGAUGCAAGAAGUCCGUAAUAAUAUCAUUAGACAGAAUUACCAUGAGGAGAGUGAGGCUGCCAUCAACAGGCAGCUCAACCUGACGAUGUACGCAUCUUACACGUACUUAUCAAUGUCGGCAUAUUUCGGCAGAGCCGACAUCGCCGUUCCAUGUGCACAUGAGUUCUUCAAGAGGGCACACGAAGAGGAGCAGGCCCACUUGUGGAAGCUGAUCAAAUUUCAGAACAUGCGAGGAGGCGUUGUUGGUCUGCAGGACGUCGUGAAACCAGACAGAGACGAAUGGGGAUCCCUCCUGGAGGCAAUCGGGAAGUCACUGGAGCUCGAGAAACAAGUCAACCAAUCACUGCUGGAUCUUCAUGCGAUUGCAGACAGACAUGGUGACGCACAGAUGUGCGAGUGGAUUGGAGCGAACUUUCUGACCAAUCAAGUGCUGACCAUCCAAGAGCUUGGAAAUCACAUCACUCAGCUUGGCCGGGUGGGUGCUGGUCUUGGAGAGUACAUCUACGACAAGGAAUCGCUGUGUAACCCACAGUGUUUGUGUGUCCGCCGCCAACCCCCUAAAUGUACAUGCAAAUAAUUAUUGUCCAUCUCCUCACAAACGGGUAUAGACUUGUGGACAAGUCGUUAUUGGUCUGUCGCGGUUAGAUAAUCGAGUCGUGAAAGUGGCAUAAUAAGACUCCAAGAUGCUCUCGCGCGAAACUGCUGGCUGCCGACUGAAAUGAGACUGCGCGAGAUCAGUAGUCUCGCGGGAAUGUCGCGGGAGUCGCAGAGACAGUCAGAUCGCUAUCACCUCGACAUACGCCUUGUCCACAAGUCUUUAAACGGAUACAGCUCUUUUAUAAGAGUUAACUAUUAAUGCACAAAACACGUGGGCUGCAAGUGAGUAGUGAUAAUAUAAAAAUAACAAAAUAAAAGAACACAAGGUCCGCCAAUUUAUAACAUUCAUGUUUGUUUUUGUUACAUGGCUUUUAAAACAUUGGGUUUUUAUUGCAUUUAUGGGUGACACAACACCCUUAAAGAUUCUGUACACUAUUGGUAAUUGUCAAAGACCAGUCCUCUCACUUGGUGUAUCUGAAUAUAAUGCAUAAAUAACAAACC